GCGUUUGCUGUUGUUAAUGCAGCUUCACACAGCUCGUCUUCCUCAUUAAACACGUAACUGAGAACAAGGAACUUAACAAAUGCCACCUAACGUUACGUCGCUCGCUAAAAACAUAACUUGAUGUUGUUAUGAUCUGAAGGGCGAUGUAAAGAAACCAACGGGACGACGCAACCAAACUUAACGGGAGUUAAAUAAAUCUGUCAACACUUCUUAAUUUUACAUUAUAUUGGAUAUGGAUGCGCCUGAAAACACGGGGAGCCGUAUUGGGCGCACUAUUUGGACUGUUUGGGGUUAUCUGUCAGGGGCUGUUGCGAGAUACCUCAGACCGGAAGUCACAGAUAAAGGAAACCAAAGCGUUAAUUCUAGAUCAGAUGAGGCUGCAGUUAAUAAAACUGACAAAGAAGUGAAGGCAGAAAGUAGUGAGAACCAACAUGACAAAAGUACAGCAGAGAUCAAGGUUUGUUCACCUGAUGUCAAAGCGCAAGUCCAGUGGGAAAAUACUGAUGUGGUCAAGGAUGACAGUAAUGAUGAACUUAACGUUGACAUCACUAAAAAGCAAACGUACCGUUUUGCAAUGUGGUCCACUGGGACUGAGAGUAUUUCAGUUGAUGCUCAUGCUGAAAAAGAAACAGCAAAAUCUGAGUGUAAAGAGAGUGAUGCAACACAUGGGUUGGAGGAAAUUGGGCAAACUGAACAAGAAGAUGCUAAAAACAAAGAAUGUGAUUGGAAUAAUCAGGAUGAAAAGUGUGUGAGGACAGAUAAAUUAGAUCAUGCAGAUAUGCUGGUCCAAUCUGAGUUUAGGAAGCAAGAUGAAAAACCGGACCAUGGAGAAAAUGAAGUCAUUGGAGGUUUAAAACGUGCAGAUACAACUGAGGUAGAAUUUGUUCACCAACAUAAUAAGGAAAUGAUUGAAAAAGAUGUAGAAAAGGUGCAAGAUUUGCCUCCACUUUUGGAAUACUGUAAAGAGGAAGCAGAUGGGCUUUCAAAGCCUGAAAUGCUGAAUUUAUUGGACGCAUAUUCUGAUGAAAUUGAUGAAUUCUCUAAAAAUGAGGUUGAUCACAUGGGACCUGGAACAGAGGGUGCAAAUGAGCAGGAUAAAGAAAGUGAAACAUCACAUAACAUAAAGCAAACUGGGAAAACUGAACAAGAAGAUGCUAAUAACAAAGAAUAUGAUUGGAAUAAUCAGGUUGAAAAGUGUGUGAUGAAAGAAGAGAUAGAUGAUGCAGAUAUACUGGUCCAAUCUGAGCUUCAGGAGCAAGAUGAAAAAACGGACCAUGGAGAGAAGGAAGUCAUUGAAGUUUUAAAACAUGCAGAUACAAAUGAGGUAGAAUUUGCUGAUGAGGAAAUGAUUGAGAAUGAUGAAGAAAGGGUGCGAGAUUUGCCUCCACUUCUGGAAUACCGUAAAGAGGAAGCAGAUGGGCUUUCAAAGCCUGAAACCCUGAAUUUAUUGGACGCAUAUUCUGAUGAAAUUCAUGAAUUCUCUAAAAAUGAGGUUGAUCAGGUGGGACCUGGAACCGAUGUGAUAAAGCAAACUGGGAAAACUGAACAAGAAGAGUCUAAAAACAAAGAAUGUGAUUGGAAUAAUCAGGUUGAAGAGUGUGUGAUGACAGAUAAAUUAGAUCAUGCAGAUAUACUAGUCCAAUCUGAACUUCAGAAGCAAGUUGAAGAACCGGACCAUGGAGAGAAUGAAGUCAUUGGAGGUUUAAAACAUACAGAUACAAAUGAGGUAGAAUUUGUUCAACAAAAUAAUGAGGAAAUGACUGAGAAUGAUGAAGAAAAGGUGCAAGAUUUGCCCCCACUUCUGGAAUACCGUACAGAUGACCUUCCAAUGCCUGAAAAACUUAAUUUAUUGGACACAUGUUCUGAUGAAAUCGAUGAAUUCCCCAAAAAUGAGGUUGAUCAGGUUGGGCUUGCACCUAAGGGUGCAACUGAGCAGUAUAAAGAUAGUGAAACUUCACAUAUGAUAAAGCAAACUGGGAAAGUUGAACAAGAUGAUCAGCAUCAUGAGGAUAAAAAAUGUAUGAUGAAGGAAGAUCCAGGUUACACAUCGCUAACUGUCCAAUCUGAGCUUGAAAAACAGAUGGACAUGAAGAACCACGAGGAGUCAGAAAGCAUUGCAGGUUUUAAAGAAGCAGGAGAACAUGUUAUUGAACAUCUUAUUGGCCAGAAUGAUCAGGAAAAAAAUGAGGAAGAUAAAGAAAAAGCACUUAAAUUACAAUCAGAAGUGCAAGAUUCUUUUCAAUUACUUGAAUAUUCAUCAAAGGACACUCUUCAAAAUCCUGAAAAACUGAACUUAAUGCAAACAUAUUGUUCUGAAAUUGCUGAAAAUGUAGUAGAGGAUAUGCUGCUUGCAUCUGAGAAGGAUGAAGACAUGACAGAGAGUGAACACAAACCCACAACUUCUCAGUUGCAUGAGUCAACAGAAACACUUCAUGGAGUUUCCAAUGAAAUCCCUAAAAAACAUAAACCAAACAAUGAAAUGGAACUGAAAAUGAUCACAGUAUUGGGCGAGUGUUUUGAAACUGUUAAUACAUCCGAAAACACCAUGCUGUCAGAUUCAAAACAGGAUACUCCAGAAAAUACAACAGAAACAGGAACUGGAUCGCCGGUGGUUGCUGUAACCACUGAAGGCAUGUUUUCAGAUGUGAUUGUUUGCGACUUCCCAGGAGAAUUGAGGAAAGAACCAGAGACUUCAUCAACUCCUGCACAUUAUGAGGAGAACAAAUUUUACCUAAAUGAGCUCCAAUCAUUUUCAGAAAGGCAUUUAGAAAGAGAUGCUAAGUUUGCAUGCACAGUUGAGCGUUCAGAGACAAUGAAACCAGCUGAGAAAGUUUUUGAGAUUGAAAAAGACAUCGAAACUCUAAUCGAAUCCUUAGAUGCAACUGAAAGACAGGAAAUAGACAAAAACAAGUUGUCACUUAUGGAAGAUGUUAAAUUGAGUACCAAGCUGAUGUCAGAACAUGAAAAGGCAGAAAGCUUUGAGACGGAAAUCACUUUAGAGUCACGUGAGCUUCUUGAGUUUACAAGGGGAGAAUGUAAAUCUUCUCACGAUACAAUGGUGGACACUUUAUCUGAAUCAGAUGGAUCUGCCAAAGUAGAGCAGGUUGCAGAUGUUGACUCCAUAUUAACAAGAUAUUCACCCCCAUCAGAGUUUGUGGAGGAAACUCUAGGUCUCCCAGGUGAAUCAGAGAGAUUUAUUGAGGAGCAGGAGAUCCUGGAGACAGAUCUGGUGAAGACCGCUUUAGAUUAUGUUGAGGAAAUAACAAAUCAAGUGUUGAAGGAAAUGAUAGAAACCGAAAUGCUGGAAAAGACUGAACAUUUGGUAGAGCUUUCAAUGGAGGAACUUGGUGAUGCGGAAUGUCGAGGAACAGAAAAUAGUGUGUCAGCUGAAGCAUUUGUACUGGAAGAAGAAAGGAUGAUUUUAGAUGAAACAAUGGAAAGUAAUGUAGAAAUGGAGGUGGAAACAGCAAGUAAUGAAGAUUUCAAGCAAAAUGAGCAACAUACUAGUUCACCAAAGCUUGAAACAUGUGAAGCUGAGAGACACCACGAGGAACAAACUUAUCAUUGUGUAAAGUUGUCAACUGGAACUGAUUAUUUAGAGACUAAUCAAGGUGAUACAGACACAGAUGAACACAAAGUUGAUGAUGCACAUGUUGAAAACGAAGAAGCUUCAUCUGAAAGAGAGUAUGCAAACGUUGUGUGUAAAGACAGUGAGAAAAAUUGGUGGACUGAACAAAAAGACGGUCUUGAUGUAAAGUGUUCAAUGGCAAUGAAGAAAGAAGAUCCAGAUAACACAGAUAUGGUCCAAUCUGAGCUUCAUGGAGAAGAUUUAGAUGAAUAUAAACAGAUAAACAUGGUGGACCUUGAGACUGAAGGCACUGGAGGUUUGAAAUUUUCAGAUAAGCUUCUUACUGAUGAAAAGGAGAAAAACGUUGACCAAAAUGAUCAGGAAAAUCCUGAAGAUGAUGAAAACCAACAACCUGAAGUAGAAGCACCAGCUGAUGCAUUUGUACUAGAAGAGGAAAUUAUAUUAGUAGGUGAAACAAUGGACGGUAAGGUAGAAAUGGAGGUGGAAACCACAAGUAGUGAAGAUGUCAAGCAAAACCAGCAACAUACUAAUACACCAAAGCUUGAAACAAGUGAAGUUGAGAGACACCACGAGGAACAAACUUAUCAUUGUACAAAGUUGUCUACAGGAACUGAUUAUUUAGGGACUAAUCCAGAUGAUUCAGACAUAGAUGAACACAAAGAUGAUGAUGCACAUGUUGAAAACGAAGAAGCUUCAUCUGAAAUUGAAUAUGCAAACACUGUGUCAAAAGACAGUGAAUCAGCACAGGAGCUGGAGAAAGAUUGGCAGAUUGAACAAAAAGAUGAUGAUAAUAAAAAGUGUACGAUUCUGAUAAAGAAAGAAGAUCCAGAAAAUGCAGACAUGGUGCAAUCUGAGCUUCAUGAAGAAGACGUAGAGCAGAAUAAACAGAUAAUCAUGGUGAACCUUGAGGAGGCAGAAGGCACUGGAGGUUUAAGACAUUCAGAUAAACAUUUUACUUAUGACAAGGAGAAAAACAUUGACCAGAAUCAUCAGGAAAAACCUGAGGAUGACCAACAACCUGAAGGACAAGAGCCAGCUGAUGCAUUCAUAAUGGAAGAAGAAAUGAUGUUAUUAGUUGAAACAAUGGAUGGCAAUGUAGAAAUAGAGGUGGAAACCACAUGUAUUGAAGAUGUAGAGCUAAUGUGUGAAGCUGAUGGAGGUCAUGAGAAGAUACAGAAGGUCAUUGCUGGAGAAACACUGCUGAGGGGUCAUAAAGACGCAAUGGAGGUUAGCAAACCUGCGAUGAAAAGAAGGUUUGGUCAAGUAAACAAAGACCCUCCAGAGGUGAAGAUUCAAGGAAUUGGUUUCAAUCUGCAGGACUCAUCUUUGGACUUCACCAUUCAGAAAUCUAGAAUAGCAGUGAAGAAUCCUCUAGUUCGGCCUCCCAAAGACCCCAGAAAGCUGAUCUCCAAGGCCUCUGUCGAACCGCUUCUGCCACAGCCUUCAGCAUGUUCUCCCAGAGUCAAUGUUUCUCCUCUGAAUAAAGGAAUGAUUGGAUUCAAACUCCCAGGACUUGGAUCAGGGAUGCCGGUUCUGAAGAAAACUGAAUUUGGGAAGAAAGCAAGAGAAGGAGAAGCAGAAAAGACACUACAGCCACAGCAAAAGUCAGAUGCAGAACCAGAGGAUUCUGACAAACCAGUGCAAACGACAGCAAAACCCAAAUGGACACCACCGAGGCAUCCUGGUAUGGGAGGUCCCUUGAUGAUGGCAGAGCUCAAAAACAAACUCAAAAAGCCGAGUAACCAGUAAUACAUUUCAUUUCAUCAUGAUAUUGCACUUCAUUUGUGAUUGUCAGCUGUCUUCAGCACUGUUCAGUCUUGUAAAUAUCACUGUUAUACUGGGCAAAAAAACGUGCAGUAACAUUUAACUUCUAUUAAUUUGUUAAAAGUUUGCUUAAUAAAAGGUGAGAAUCUCAGGUGUGAUCAUAAAUGUUGCCUUGCUGAGCUCAUGAGAGUGCUCACGGUGCCUUGUAUUUAUUUCUAUUUGUAUAAAUUUGUAAGCUUAAAAUGUUAAAAAUAAAUAAAAUUUUGUGCACUUUU